CAAUAUGAAAGGAUGAAAGAAAUGAUAUGAUACAACACCGUAAAAAAGACAUAAAAGCUAAGCCAAGACUGAAGUAAACCAAACUGUCAACAACAAACACGCAGGCUGAGGUAGAGGCCUUUCCCUGCCCUCCCGCGGCGCUCACUCGUUGAAUCAUGAGUAUCCUUGAGGAAGAGCUGAAGGAGCUGCGGCAGUGUGUUCCCCGGGUCAUAGCAGACAGCACAGUGGAGGCCUGUGUUCCUGCUAUGGUCCGUGUGAAAAUUGAGAAGACAAAAUACAAGCAGAUCACAGCAUGCUUCCAGUUUGAUCCACAGUACCCGAAGAGUCGGGCACUCAUUGAACUCAAGAGUCGAUACAUCUCAGAAAAGCUUCUGGAUGGCUUGACAAAACUGAGUGAAGAGCUGGCUGACAAAAAUCUUGGAAAACCACAGGUGCUACAUGUCUUAAGAUUCGUCCGGAACUUCAUUGAUGAGAACCCACUGUGCUGUUGCUCCGAGGAAAUCUCCAAUGUAAAGAAGAAGUUGAUUGAAGGAACAGAUGAACUUAAACUCCGCCAGAAGACGUCCUCUGUGGUUCUGAAGGUGAAGGAGGGCCAAUACUAUUUGAAAUACAACCUCACAGUGCCAGAAAAUUAUCCAGACCAGCAGAUUAAAAUAGAGGAGAAGGAGUGCAACUACCCCCCAGUGUUUCGGCGGUGGUUCUUGGCACAGUCUGUGGAGAUCGCCCGGCAGUGUGUGGAGCCGCCUAAAAAAAAGAAGCCCAAAGACCCGCCCUUUGUGCUGCGGCCAUCUAUGGAGCCCGUGGUGUCAUUCCUGAUAGAUGAGGCCCACAGAUACGUUAACUCAGAGUGCAAAAUGUGCAGAAAGAAAGCCUUCCCUGAUGACCCAAAGGCUGUUGAGCUGGAUGAGUAUGGCGCGUUGCAUGUGGAGCGUGUGUACUGUGGCCACAUUUACCAUUACAAGUGCCUGGACACCUACAUCAAGACCCCGCCAUUCCAGAAGGGCAAGAUGUGUCACACCUGCGGCUCCAGGAUCUUUCAUGAUAAGUGGAAGUUGACAGCAGAGACAGUGGAGGCUCGCUGGGCGCACAAGCAGGCCAAGCAGAGAGAGCUGGAUGAAGUGGUGGAUUUCCUUAGCUAGUAUUUGCUUGGUUGUUGUAAGUAGCCAUGGACAGUAGGUAGCUUGGUAGUUUUGUUACCGUGUGGCUAGUGAAGCAUCUGAGGCGAGUCUCUCUUGGGAAAAGUGAUACACCUUGUGUCUUCUAUUUUGUACAGCUAACAAGUGGACUUAUUUCUUCUGAAAAUAGGAAUGUGCUUAGCAUAACAUUUUUAUUUGUCAUCAUGUAAGUCAUGUGAGAAAUUUGUUUAAAUGUGUCAGUCACUACCAUUCACAUUGCCAGAUCUCUUGUAUAUCCUCCAUGGGGUGUGGCUUCAUUAGAGAAAAAAUUGUUGAAUGCACAAGAUACUUUGUAUUCUACAGCAUGACAAUCAGAAUUGAAAUUUGGAUAGUGAAAUGUAGAGCAGGAAUACUAUUUUUAAUUCUAAAGCUUUCAUGAUCAUCAUCAUCAUUAUUUGGAAAGGUAAUGCUCUCACUUUCAUGGGUCAGCCUUGGUCACCUGAUAACAAACUGCUAAGGCCACACAAGUGUACAGAUUAUUUGUCUUGCAGUGUUCAGGUCUGGUCAGUGUUGAAAGUGUCAUCCCAUGUGUGCAGCAUACUUUCCUCUCCAUGUGUGCCUCAUCCUCUCAUUGCCAUCCAUUAUCUCCACAUAGCCAAGUCACUCAAAUCUGGCUGUCAUCCCCUCAUUGAUACACACACAGUCCAAAGUAUAUUUCUUGGUCUCACUCUGGAGGGAAAAUCUUUCAGAGUAUUAACACAUUCACCACAUCAUGUUCAUUUCAGCUCACCCAAGUCUUUUUGGCAUGAGCCUUUAACAGCCCAUGUUUUUUAUCUUUAAAUAUCAUAUAUGACAUGUCAUUCAUACAGUCCACCUUUCAUUUGUAGGGAGAGAGUCUGCAUUUUGAGGAGAAAUCAUGAUUCCCAGAACUUACCACUGUUCUUGUCCAUUGUUGCAGAUCUAUGUAAAGUCUGCAUCAUCCCAGCCAUCAGUUCUGUUACACAGAUAACAAAUUUAUGAACACCUGAUUCUGGCCCAUUAUUUUUACUCAUCCUGAGCAGAAUCCUAAUUUUUUAAAUAAAGUUAACAUCUCCAUACAAAGCCUGGCAUCCUCCUUAGGUGUGUACAUAUGAGUUUACUCGGGUCUUGAUGUUUCUAGUUUUCUGUGAAGGGAAAUUUUUUUAUGAUAUUUAGAGUGUAGUGAAGUUUGAUCACCAGAUAAGAAAAGGCAGGGUUCAGUUGCCUAUGUAAUAAUUACUAACAUGAAGAUUUGUAAUAAUUAAAAUCCUGUGAACAUGGAAUUAAUGGCUUUGAUAUUUUAACAUUUAAGCACAAGUUUUGUCAGGUAAUUGAAGAAUAUACAUUGGUAAGCACUGCAGAGAAUUCUGUGAAUAUGUUUGAAGCCAUUCAGUGAUUAAAGCACCACUUACAGUCACUGAGUACCCUUGUGAUAGAAUGUAAUAGAAAUAUGCUGUUAGUGUCUUGCUGGUGAUACAUUUGGUGUUGGUACAAAUAAUGAUGAUGUCUUUUAAUUUUCAGGAACAAUGAUUUUGGUAUUCGUCAUUUCCUGAUUAAACAUUUUUCAAUUUAUCUACUAAAUUGGCUAUGUGAAAAGUAUGCUUAUGUGGAACAUGCAUUAUCAGAUUCCAAAAGAAGUGGCCAUUAAUAUUUGAUCAGACUCACAGAAAACUUAAAAAUAUAGGAGCUUGUGUGAUUGUUGGCACAUACUAUUUAAAUACCAGAUGGAUACAAACUUUACUUUAUCAUUAUUUAUUGUCAAGAUCUAUGGUGGCAGUCAUUUCAGACCUUAGCUUCUGACACUCACAUGUACAAGUGUGUUAUUAUGUCUGCAGAUCACACUGAAUGUUGUGAAGGAAAGCCUACGCCAUCUCCAUAAACCUCAGCUGUUGCAGAUCCCUAAGAAUAGGAUAUAAUCUCCUCAUAGUUGAGUCAGCAUGGAUAACACUAGUGAAGCCUCAGGUGUAUCCUUGAAGCAAAGCAGCACCACACCUGUAAAGCACUAAAAAAUGGCAAGGUAGACAAGCUUAAGCAAGCCACUAGCUUAGAAUACCUUUUAGAAGUAACUUACUGGCCCUGUACUAGAUAUGGGAGGCAGAGGAUGCCAGCAUCCACUUCUGAAGCAACAUCUCACCACCAGUUUGUCACCUAUGUGAUCUGAAGAACUUACCACACCUUUAACCAGUGCCUAUCAUUGUUCCAAAAUGGGGUUCCAGACAAGCACACAAACCACUGAGUGUGUUUGAAAAGACUCCAGAGAUGUUUCCUCACACUAGUAAAGCUGCUGUAUGUUGGAUGAUCACAGGACAACUUUGUUAAAAUUAAUUAAUUGAUGGACAUGUACAACAUCAGUUUCCAAGAUUUUGAACAAGUGGUCCUUUGCAGGAUGCUGUUUUGAAAGAAUUUUUUUUGAAAAAUGUGGUGACAUGAACUGUCACCUCUUUGAGAUAUACAUGCAUGUCUGCAGAGGACUGUGUUAACAUUUAUUAUGUGAUGCAUUUCAAUAGUAUGAAACACUGUGCGUGAACUUGCUUCUUCAAGCAUGUCUUAACAGGGACCACCUCACCGAUUUAUAUAUUUUAUUAAGUGUGAUGUUUACUAUGGGUGUUUAAAGAGAUGCUUGCAAAACUUCUUUGUGCUUGUUCAUCACAGGCAAGCAGAUAUGUAUAGUGUGGAUCAAGGAUUAUCAGUGUUCUUUUAUAUAUCCUAUCUUCAAGUUUGACAACCCAGUGCCAUUGGAAGACUAUCAAGAGCAGCAUGUCAGUGUUUGUCAAACACAAGGAUGUCACGGCACUUGUGGGAUGAAGGAAUUAAAUAAUUGUUGUAGUGCAUAACAAAUUCACUUAGAAGUUGCUUCUUUAAGAUUUUUUUCCUUUUUACAAAACUAAUGCAUAUAUUUCUAAAUUAGUUUUAUUCUUAAAAUAACAAAAGUAAAAGAAGUUUAGGAGAAUAUCCUCCUGCAAUAUGGGAGUAAUGUUGUCGAGAUUUUUACAGUAAAAAGUUCUUUCGUGGUGAUGUGUUCAGGUUGAGGUCAGGUGUAAUAUUUUGUUGAGGGAACCAAAAUGAGAUGAAAGCUCCAAGCCUUGCACUGGAAAUGCAAAUAUACCAUAACUCUCUCUCUCUCUCUCUCUCUCUCUCUCUCUCUCUCUCUCUCUCUCUCUCUCUCUCUCUCUCUCUCUCUCUCUCUCUCUCUCUCUCUCUCUCUCUCUCUCUCUCUCUCUCUCUCUCUCUCUCUCUCUCUCUCAGAGUAGCAUGUGCACUGAAAAUUUUUUUGUUUGUUGUUUCAUUACCAUCAGGUCUUGCAGAUUUACUACAUGUACACAAUAUUAUCUUAUUUUUAAUUAUUUUGUACAAGAUGGAGACAUUGCUUUAUUGAAGGAAUAUCUUCAUCGGAAUUUGUGAUUGGUAUGAAGUUAGCUUGUUCUGAAAAGAUAGAUGACUUCAUUUUGUACUCAGAUUCUCUGAUUGAUGUCAAAAUUGAUAGAAAAUCACAUUAAGGAAGAAGAGUACUGAAAGAGAUGUAUUAAUACUCAAAUAGCGGAGCUGUGUACUUAACCUAUUUAUUCAUGGAAACUUGUAAACUUAUUCUUUUGAAUUCAGCUUUGAGAUGUCUGGUAAUCUUAAUGCAUUAUGGAGGUGAUGUGAAAAAUGUCAUGUAUUUUCUUCCCAGCAGAGGCAUAACAAAAUAAUUUUUCCUCAGAUGCCAGUCAGUAAAAGAUAUAUGAAAUUUUAUUACCUAGGGUGAGGUGUUAUCUUAAUUAGUUGUUAAGGAUUUAAGUGGUGGAAUUAAUAACGUGUGCAUUGAAUGUCACAGUGAAAUAGGAAUGUUGAGUGCGAGUAAUUUUUUCACUAUCUUGCGAAGGAACUGGUGCAGUGGUUGUUCUCCAGUAGGGUUUCUGAGGCAGCUGGGCUGAUUAAUUUUGAUAAACUUUUCUCCUUUA